AUGAAGACCAGUGUGAACAUUUGUUGUGAGAGUCAGUGUCCUGGUUAUCACGUAAAUGCAAAUAAACUAAAAGAAUUUAAUAUACCUCAUUGUAAUGGUAAAGCAUGCACUUGUGUAGUCAGUGGAAAACAUCUUGAAACAAUGGAUAACCUAAUGCAAGAACAGAGGAUGCAAUCUGGAGAGAAACCAUAUCAUUGUGCAGUUUAUGGAAAACAUUUUGAGAGAAAUAGUCCUUUAGAACAGCAUGCAAGAAAUCACACUGGGGAGAAAUCAUACAGUUGUGGAAUUUGUGAAAAACAAUUUAGAAGAAACAAUGAUUUAAAAAGACAUAGAAGAAUACACACUGGGGAGAAACCUUACAGUUGUUCUGUGUGUGAAAAAAAAUUUAGAUCAAAUGCUGAAUUAAAAGGACAUCAAAGAAUACAUACUGGGGAGAAACCAUACAGUUGUACAGUUUGUGGAAAACAAUUUAGAAGAAACGGUGAUUUAAAAGAACAUCAAAGAAUACACACUGGGGAGAAACCUUACAGUUGUUCAGUGUGUGAAAAACAAUUUAGAACAAAUGGUGAAUUAAAAGGACAUCAAAGAAUACAUACUGGGGAGAAACCAUACAGUUGUACAGUUUGUGAAAAACAGUUUAGAACAUGGGGUAAUUUAAAAAUACAUCAAAAAUUACACACAGGGGAAAAACCAUACAGUUGUUUAGUGUGUAGAGAACUCUUUGGUACAAAGAGUGCCUUAAAAUCACAUCAAGGAAUACACACGGGUGAAAAACCUUACAGUUGCACAGUUUGUGAAAAACAAUUUAGGUUAAACAGUGAAUUAAAAAGACAUCAAAAAACACACACUGGUGAGAAACCUUACAGUUGUGCAGUAUGUGGUAAACAUUUUGUAGGAAGUAAUACCUUAGUAAAUCAUCAAAGAUUACAUACUGGUGAGAAACCUUAUCGUUGUGCAGUGUGUGAAAAACAUUUUAUAUCAAAGGAUGCAUUAAGAAAUCAUCUAAGAACACACACUGGGGAAAAACCUUACAGUUGUACAAUAUGUAAAAAACAAUAUGGAUCGAACUCUGACUUGAAAAAACAUAAAAAAUCACACACUGGGGAAAAGCCAUACGGUUGUUCAGUGUGUGGAAAACGUUUUAUAGGAAAUAGUAUCUUAAAAUGUCAUUUAAGGACACACACUGGGGAGAGACCUUACAGUUGUGCAAUUUGUGAAAAACAAUAUGGAUCAAAUUCUAGCUUGAAAAGGCAUCAAAAAACACAUGCUGGGGACAAACCACACAUUUGUUCAGUGUGUGGAAAACAUUUUAUUUCAAACAGUGAAUUAAAAAGUCAUUUUAAAAAACACACUGAAGAGAAACCUUACAGUUGUGCAGUGUCUGAAAAACACUUUUAUACAAAGAAUUACUUAAAAUCACAUCAAAGAACACAUGUGGAAAAAAUUUUAUAGGAAGUAAUAAUUUAAGGAAACAUCAAAGAAUACAUCCUCUUUGAAAACCAUACAGUUGUUCAGUUUGUGGAAAUUAAAAGACAAAAGGAUUCUUUUGUCCAUUUUCUACGUCCACCACAGGGAAUCGAACCCUGUAAUCCAGUAUUGUUAGUCUGAAACUAUCACUGUUCCACCAGGUAACUCUGCUUCAUGUACUUACUUAUCAGGAACUAAAAUCAAGAUACUAAAUAUGGUAGAUAGAACCAUGGAGAAGGUGUUACUUAUUAAUGUAUUCUACCUUCCUCAUCUACUUCGCAGAACAAGUUUAUUGUUUUAAAAUCUUUGAUCAGCAAGUGGAGAUACCAGUUGGACCAAGAAAAAGCUCAAUCUCUACCUCACUAUGAUGCAACAAGAGAAGUAGUGCUUUUACAGGGUUCCUAGCAGUAUCAGCUAACUUUAAGACCUGAAGAGAUGUAUAAUAUUUAUUUGAUCACAUAAUACUGCAAGAUGAAUAUUAAUUAAAAAUCAAUCAUUGAGAAUCCACUCAUUUAUUAUGUUGAAGUUUGCUUUAACUUCUACUAAAAAGCUAGUGAAGUUUAAAAAUUCAUAAAAAUCAACAAGAAGAAAAUGUAUUAAACACAAGUGUUUGCAGUGAACUAAUAUGCUCAAAUGUUUCACAAUUUCAGUAGGUUCUGAGCUUUGUUGCCAAUAUCAGUCAUCAGCUCUUUUAUUUCAGUAACUUUUUCUUUCAUUUGUCUCCUAAUAGCAUUAUAUUUAGUGAUGAGAUGAGCCAUUUUCCUUACUGUGCAUUUGUCAGCUUUUUCAGUAAAUUUAUCUGCAUUCAAUUGAGGAGAUUUUGUUACUUCAUAAAAAUGAGUUUUUCUCUUCUUCUGGACUGUACAUGAACACCUGUCUCAAGUGUUAUCCAGUAACAAAUUUGCAAAUCAAGUUGUUUGGAUUUUGUAGUUUUGUUUAGUCUUAUUAAACAUUAUUGCAAAAUUGCUAGAUUGUGCCUGUGAAAUCAACUGAUCCUAUAUGUGUAGUGCCAGUCUAAACCUUGUCAAAUACCCUUUUUGUUUUUACUCCCUCACAUUUGAAUGGUUUGCAGAUAUUACUAUCACCAAACAUGGACAGAUUCAGUAUUCUCAUUGGACUUGUAUGAGUUAUGCUGAGUAACAGUUUCCAGAGUCCAAAGAAUUUGUUUUGAGUAUCUCCAUGGAUCCAAAAGUCUUACAUAGGUUGGCAGCCUCUGGUUGUAUAGGCCUAGAUCUGGUCUACCUGUUAUCUCCAGGCACAUACGUUCCUUCACUGACCCCAGUACUUGUUUCUGUAGACCUAGAUCUGACUGUGCUAUUUGGCAUGUAAUUUAUAAUUAUAUUUGUAUGCAUACACUGGAAAGUACAUAAAUUAGAUUUGUGUUUUCCGUUUUCACUGUGUGAGUGAAUAAUCACAACGCCCACUGUUCUAAGUGACAAUGUUUUUGUGUCCCAGGCUUAAUGUAAACAAACUGUAACCAUGGUAAGCCUAGUCCUGCCAUUUACAUUGUUAGUGCUGCACAUGUCUAUCAAAACAAGCCAAACUUGAUUUUGUGCUUCUGGUCAAGGUAAUAGGCCUAGACAAAAUGAUUGCAUAGCAAACUUAAUUCAGUUCUCUCAGUUUUGAAUAUGGCCUAGAUAAAAUAAUGCAAAGUACCUUAAAUAUUAUAAUUAGGCACGAAUAUGAUCAAAUAAUGAU